GGUGCGGCACAGAGGAGCGGUCGCAUCACAAGGUGACCCCAGCUCCCCACCGCCACCACCGCCGUCACCAUCGACAUCGCGCUCCGGCCGCUCCGCGCCCAUUCAGUCGCCUGGCUUCUCUUUCUCCCUCCGGCAGCCAAGAUCUGUCGGAUCUCUGGGGACCCAGGGAGCCGGGGGCUAGGAGCUCACUUGGGGCUUUCCCCCUCCUCCCUCUAGAGAGCCCUGGGAUGGAGAGCCGAAAGGACAUGGUUAUGUUUUUGGAUGGGGGACAGCUUGGCACUCUGGUUGGCAAGAGGGUCUCCAAUUUAUCCGAAGCCGUGGGCAGCCCGCUACCGGAGCCGCCCGAGAAGAUGGUGCCCCGUGGUUGCCUGAGCCCUCGGGCCGGUCCUCCGGCCUCCCGGGAGCGCAGCGGGGGAGGCGUGGAGGAGGAGCCGGACGACGGACUAGCAGGAAGCGCUGCGGGGCCGGGCACCGAGCCGCGGGCAGCCGGGGCAGCCGUGCUUGGCCCCGGGCCUCCGGCCCCCUCUGCAGACAGCAUCUCGGGCCAGGGGCAACCCAGCAGCUCGGACACUGAGUCGGAUUUCUAUGAAGAAAUCGAGGUGAGCUGCACCCCGGACUGCGCCACGGGGAACGCCGAGUACCAGCACAGCAAAGGGCCGGGCUCCGAAGCAUUGGCCAGCAGCCCCAGCAGCGGUAGCGAGGCCCCCAAGAGCAACGGUAGCGGCUCACAGGGCGCCCUGGCCUGCAGCGCCAGUGACCAGAUGCGCCGUUACCGCACUGCCUUCACCCGGGAGCAGAUUGCACGGCUGGAGAAGGAAUUCUACAGGGAGAACUACGUAUCCAGGCCACGGAGGUGCGAGCUGGCUGCCGCCCUAAACCUGCCAGAAACCACCAUCAAGGUGUGGUUUCAGAACCGGCGCAUGAAGGACAAGCGGCAGCGGCUGGCCAUGACGUGGCCACACCCGGCCGACCCCGCCUUCUACACGUACAUGAUGAGCCACGCGGCGGCCGCGGGCGGCCUGCCCUACCCCUUCCCGUCGCACCUGCCGCUGCCCUACUACUCGCCCGUGGGCCUGGGCGCCGCGUCCGCCGCCUCGGCCGCCGCCUCGCCCUUCAGCGGCCCGCUGCGCCCGCUCGACACCUUCCGCGUGCUGUCGCAGCCCUACCCGCGGCCCGAACUGCUGUGCGCCUUCCGCCACCCGCCGCUCUACCCGGGCCCGGCGCACGGACUGGGCGCCUCGGCCGGCGGCCCCUGCUCCUGCCUCGCCUGCCACAGCGGCCCCGCCAACGGGCUGGCGCCCCGCGCCGCCGCCGCCUCGGACUUCACCUGUGCCUCCACCUCCCGCUCGGACUCCUUCCUCACCUUCGCGCCCUCCGUGCUCAGCAAAGCAUCCUCCGUCGCACUGGACCAGAGAGAGGAGGUGCCCCUCACCAGAUAAGGGGCUGCCCGCGGGCUGCCGGCUCCAGGACGCCCGUGGGGGCCCCCCGGGGACUCAGCCAGUGCCCCUCCCCGCCCCAGGGCACCAAGGGGGAACGAAGAGGGCCGCAAAGGACC